AUGUCGCCUCAUCGAAAGCGUCCACGCGAGGAGAAACGAACACGUCACACACACGAAAGUGAUGACGAUAGGGAUGGGGAGGAUGAGGAGGAGCUCGGCGAAGACCUCUUUGGGGAGAACUACGAACGGGACUAUCUUAACCCGGAGGACGAGAGCGAGCUCGCAGAGGACGACGUCGCGGACGAUGACGAUUGGAUCGAUGAUACCAGUGACGUGUCAGUCAUCUCAGAAUCCGGUCGCCUGGCAGUAGAUGCGCUGUUGGACAGGCGAAAAGAGAUGGAGCAGCGGCUUCGUGAGGAACAACGCGAGCUUGAAAAAGGUGUGUUUAGUGACGUGGACGACGAGGAGUCGGUCAUCAGUGCGGAAAGUGAUUACUACAAUGCCGCCGAUCCCGACGAUGACGGUGGGGAGGAAGAUGAGGCGGGGCGAAAUAGAGUUGGUCUCAACAAUGGUGAGGAUGGGGAUACGGACUAUACUGGGGGCAAUAAAGAUGAUGGUGUGUAUGUUCGUGGUGACAUGGAGGCAAUGGACUUUGAUUGGCGUCGACCGCAGUGUGAUUUGAUAGAGUGGCUUGCACAGGAGCUUCCUCGAAGGGUCGUUAAAAACCGCAUCUAUAACUUCUACUUGAACUACGUGGAGAAUGGCGUCAGUGUGUACGAACAAAAGGUGAAUUUGAUGACGCGGGAAAACGAACAGAGUUUCGAACUGAGUUACAGUCACUUGGGACGUGCCUAUGACUCGGUGUUGGCACUGUGGUUAGUGGAUGUCCCCGAUCUCAUGAUUGAAUUAUUAGAGGAUGCUGCAAAUUACUUCGUAUUUCGUUUGUUCCCACAUUACCAGAAAGUGCAUCGGCGUAUUUUAGUCCGAAUUUGUGAUUUGCCGCUUUGCGACCCUAUUCGUGACUUUCGUCAAAUUCACAUGAAUGUUUUGGUGCGCGUGGAGGGUGUGGUGAUUCGACGGUCCCCUGUUUAUCCCCAGAUGCAGGCAGUUCGCUACGACUGUGUUCGCUGCAGUUACAUUAUUGGACCCAUUUAUCAACGGGGCGACAAGGAGCAGCGUGUGAGCAUGUGCCCGAGCUGCCAUAGUAAAGGGCCAUUUCGUGUCAACAUGACACUCACCGAAUACCGUAACCAUCAAACAGUUUUGCUGCAGGAAUCUCCGGGAAAGGUACCGCCUGGUCGUCUCCCACGAAGUUUGGAGGUGAUACUCACAAAUGAUCUUAUUGAUCGCGCCAAUCCUGGGGAGGAGGUAGACGUCACUGGCAUUUACCGGAAUAAUUUUGAUCCGCUUUUGAACAGUCGUCAAGGGUUCCCUGUGUUUACGACCGUACUGCAUGCCAACAACGUGGUACGUCGCAGUGCGGAGGUGGGGAGUUUUAGGCUUCCCGAUGACGAAAGAGCUCGAAUCAUGGAAUUGGCAAAGCAUCCAAAUCUGAAGCGCAAGAUGCUCCGCUCUAUCGCACCAAGUAUUCACGGUCGCGAUGACAUAAAGCUUGGUUUGCUUCUCGCCAUGCUUGGUGGUGUGCCGAAGGAUGUGGGCGGGGACCAGUCGCACCGUAUUCGUGGCGAUAUCAAUGUGUUGCUUGUUGGAGACCCGGGGUGCGCCAAGUCCCAGUUCUUGAAAUUUGUGGAGAAGACGGCGAACCGUGCUGUGUUCACAACAGGACGGGGUUCGACUGCGGUGGGUCUCACAGCCUCCGUGCACAAGGACAGUGUGACGGGAGAUUUUGUGCUGGAAGGUGGGGCGCUUGUCAUUGCAGACCGUGGCAUCUGUCUGAUUGACGAGUUUGACAAGAUGUCUGACCAGGAUCGAACUUCCAUCCACGAGGCGAUGGAGCAGCAGACGAUAUCUGUUGCUCGUGGUGGUAUCGUCACGACACUCUCGGCGCGGUGCAGCAUUGCAGCAGCAGCAAAUCCAAUAGGUGGGCGCUACGAUCCGUCGUUGUCGUUUGAUGCAAACGUGAACCUUACGACGCCGAUUCUCUCACGUUUUGACUUGCUGUUUGUUGUUAGGGACGAAGUUAAUGUGGAGCUUGACGAAAAAUUGGCGACUUUUAUAUGUCACUCUCACAUCCGCAAUCAUCCUCGCUCCCAGGAAGAGAACAAACGCACUGAGCGAGAGUUGCAUCAGCAAUUAUCGAGGCUUCGUUACGCCCUGGAGAAUGCAUCGACGGAGGAGGAGCGUCACGUCAUUGAGGGGCAGUUGCAAGAACUGCGCCAUCAUCUUCAGGAGAAGCCGCGGGAGGAGGAUGAAGACCCGUCGAGCAACAAGCCACUGCCCCAGCCACUUCUGCGGAAGUACAUACUGUACGCCAAGGCACACUGCCACCCGCGCGUCUCAAACAUUGACGCAAACACCAUCGCACGGCUUUACACGGAGCUGCGGCAGGAGUCGAAACACGGCGGCGUGGCAAUCACCGUUCGUCACAUGGAGUCUGUGAUUCGUCUUGCGGAGGCGCAUGCGCGGCUUUACCUCCGCGAUUUUGUCCGUGACGAGGACGUCAACGCUGCCAUCUCUCUCUUUUUGCGCUGUUUUAUCCAGACGCAGAAAUACAGUCUGCGUAGCGCGAUGGAAAAUCGCUUUCGGAAAUACCUGGACUCCGAGAUGGAGCCAAUUCCACUUAUCCAGCACCACAUUAGGGUGGCGGUGCACUCCAUCCGCGCCUUUGAGCGGCAAAUUUCCGGCGGAGUGGAACCAACCAAAGUGCGGAUCGACGUCGCUCAACUGGAGCACUGCACGGCGAACAUAUCGAGAGAAGCCCUUAACACCUUUUUUGAAUCCGAGGAGUUUAAGAAGGAUUACAAAUUAAUUUGUGACCCCGCUACAGGGGCAAGACUUCAGAUAGAGCACUCGUUGGUGUGA